AUGGCCUUCUCACCAAGAUAUCUGGAUGACCUUUCCAAGGAUUACCUUCAUCUGGCUUCCUUCAACACGACCGUCGUCAAAGUGGAGAAGAAAUCUAGCGAGUGGAACUUGACUCUCCGACAGUCAGGCCAAUUUGUAGGGGGUGAGCCAAAGGACUAUUGGUGGGAGGAACAAUUCGACGCAGUUAUCGUGGCAUCUGGGCAUUACAGUGUCCCCUUUGUGCCUGAUAUCACAGGACUGAAAGACACCUUCGAGAAGCGCCCUACCCAUUUCGAACACUCGAAAGAGUUUCAAAACCCCGACGACUACGUCGAUAAGAAAGUCGUCGUGGUUGGGGGCAAUGUUUCCUCGGCCGAUCUCGUGGCCGACCUGCACGCCAUCGUCAAAGCCCCUCUCGAGCUAUCCCAGCGCGGCAAGAACGAGGCCCUCGAUUCAGCUUGGAAUCUACCAGGAGUUAAGCUUCGACCGACAGUCAAGGAAAUCCGAGCCGCGCCGCUUGGUGUAGAUGUACGAUUCUCCGAUGGAACCAUAGCCCAGAACGUGGACAGGAUCAUUUUCGCUACUGGCUACAAGCUAUCUUACCCAUUCAUUACUCCAGACCCCGUAACCCCCAACAACCGAGUCGCCGGAUUCUAUCAGCAUAUAUUCAAAAUCGGUGAUCCAUCUUUGGCAUUGGUUGGACAGGUCCGAGCGGGUGUCAGCUUCCGGGUCUAUGAAUAUCAGGCCGUCGCGGUCACUUUGCCAUCUCCAAGGGAACAAGAUCAAUAG